AUGAAUAUAAAUCCAGAGGGUAGCAUUCAAAAUGGUGGCGGUGGUGCAACAGAUAUUCGCAUUGGAAAUGAUGAUUUGUAUUCUAGGGUAAUAGUGGCUGGUGGUGGAGGGUCAGGAGGUGUUAUUUUGAAUGGAAAAAUGAACAUUGGAGGCCCAGGUGGUGGUAUUACUGGAGUAUCUGUUGAUUUGUUUUCAUUAAACGGAGGAACUCAAGAUUCUGGAGGAUAUUGUUCAUAUCAAUCGCAUUCAGGAAGUUUUGGUUAUGGUGGCAAUAACAGUUUCCAAGGUGGAGGUGCUGGGGGUGGCUGGUUUGGUGGUGGGUCUGCAGAUCCUAAUUCAUUUGAAUAUUUAGGCUCCGGAGGUGGUUCUGGAUUUGCUUAUAACUAUACAUUUCAUCCAAGUUUCCCAUAUAAUUUAGAUGAAAGAUAUAUGCUUUCCAGAACAAAUUUGAUACCUGGAAAUGAGAGUUUACCUGAAUAUGAUGGAUCCUAUAGCAUUGGUCAUCAUGGACAUGGAGUCGCCAAAAUAACUUUAUUGUUACCUCCCAAAAAGACAGAGUUCAUUGAUCCAUAUCAUGAUAGAUUUUUUCGAGUUAUUCGUAGACGAUAA